AUGUCUUCUGAUGGUAAUAAUACAAAGCAGUGUUUCCUGGAUAUAGACACACAGUUUCAUGGUUUACGUCUAGACCAGCUUCCAAAGGAUGCUGAUUGCCAGCAAUUGGAGUCUGCACCUCCACACAUUGUAUCCUCGCCAGUACUCAACAACGACUCACUUUCAACAGCAUCAGCAGCAGCAACAGCAACAGCAGCAGCAUCCACAUUGACUCCAAAACACACCCCUCUAAAUAGCGAUAUUCAAGCUAGGCUAAUGGCCUUUCAGCAAAAACGGUCUAAGCCUGCAUCUGAACCUGUCAACUUGUAUAAUCCACAAAAUGUACAAUCGACACCACCAACCACCGUAUCUUCAAAUAGUGAUUCUAUUAUAGAAACUAUAAAGCUAGCGACAGUACCUACACCGGAGUCGGCGCAUACAUCUGCUAGUGAGUGCAAGAUUGAAGACACAAUCAUUGCUAAUGACACCAAAGCAGAUUUUCUUCAUUCAACAGCAUUAACAUCAGCAUCAGCAUCAGCAUCAGAAUCAGCAUUAACAUCAGCAUCAGCCAUAGCCACAGCCACAGCCACAGCCACAGCAUCAGCAUCAGCAUCAGCAUCUUCAAUACCACCACCACAACUAGCUGGAAAUGGUCGAAGUCGAGCAUAUUCCAUGUCACCAAGAUUUGGCUCUUUGGGAGGAGGAGGAGGAGGAGGAGAAGGAGGAGCAAAUACACCGGAGCUCAAGAAAAAGCCUUCGUUAUCGCAAAGAAGAGGCAUGAAACUAAACACCGAGUCCCUUCCACUAGGCGCCAGUCCUAUAAACACUCCGUCAUCAUCGUGUUCUCCAACUACACUUAAUUCUGCAAUAAAAUUUGAAAACAAAAAUAAUAAAUCACCAGGAGAAGAGCUAAACUCUCCAUUUGCUUUAUCUAUGGGGAAGAAACUCGGAACGCCUAAUGAAUUGUCUAGGCGAUUAUCAGAACGUAAAAACAAACCUAACUUUAAGUUAAAUCUUGAUGAAUCAAAUAGCAAUGUGCCGUCUCGAAGCAACAGUGUGUCAAGGUCUGCAAGAUCAUCUAAUGGUAGUCAAGAUUCGCAAGAUUUAGAAAGCAGAGGUGAGCCUCAACUACAAGGUUUAUUUGCAAACUACUCAAAAUAUAUUGAUAUAAAAUCGGGACAGCUCAACUUUGCUGGGAAGGCAUCUUUGCAUUCUAAAGGUAUUGAUUUUCUGUCGGGAUCAUCAUUUAGAGUCUCUCUUGAAGAGUUUGAAUAUUUAGAAGAACUCGGACAUGGAAACUAUGGAUCAGUGCUGAAGGUAUUACAUAAACCAACCGGUGUGUUGAUGGCUAUGAAAGAGGUGAGGUUGGAGUUGGAUGAGACCAAGUUCACCCAAAUCUUGAUGGAAUUGGACAUACUACAUAAAUGUGACUCCUCCUACAUUGUUGAUUUCUAUGGCGCAUUUUUUGUUGAAGGAGCAGUUUACAUGUGUAUUGAGUAUAUGGAUGGCGGGUCAUUGGAUCAAAACUUUGGCAACACUGGUGUAAAAGACGAAGCUGUGUUGGCUUACAUAACCGAGUCGGUGAUUAGAGGCUUAAAAGAAUUGAAGGAUGUUCAUAACAUUAUCCAUCGCGAUGUUAAGCCAACAAACAUAUUGGUGAAUUCAUCGGGUAAGGUGAAGCUUUGUGAUUUUGGUGUUUCGGGUAAUUUAGUAGCGUCUAUGGCUAAAACCAACAUUGGGUGUCAGUCAUACAUGGCACCAGAAAGAAUCAAGAGCACGAGACCAGAUGAAGCGACAUAUUCGGUGCAAUCUGAUAUCUGGUCUCUUGGUUUGACGAUAUUGGAGAUUGCAGCUGGUCAUUACCCUUAUCCGCCAGAAACAUAUGGUAACAUAUUUUCACAAUUGAGUGCCAUAGUUGAUGGCGAGCCUCCAAAACUAGAUCCCACAAUUUUCUCAAAACAGGCACAGUAUUUUGUGAAAUCGUGUCUCAACAAGAACCCCGACCUUCGACCAUCGUACGGUGCUUUAUUGCAACAUCCCUGGUUACUAAAAUACAGAGGUGUGGAAACUCACCUCGAUAAAAUGGUGCAGAAAAGAUUAAGCGAGUUGAAAGAGGAUACAAAGAAUAAACUUUCAACCAAAAGGACAGUGGCAGUACCUCGACCACCCGCUAACGUUGAAAGUGUUCAUUCUUUGUUGAAAGGUAAAGUUAGCAGAGCUCCGGCAUUACAUAGAGGAGGUUUUCUGACAGCCAACAAGAACUUUAUCAAUCGUUAA